AUGGUAAGCAAUCGGCGUCGCCCAUGGACACCUGGAACACCAGAGGCGUUACAAGUGCAUUACCGGCCUUUUGGGGAUUCUUCGGCCUUUAAAGGAAUAGGACUUUGAGGAUUGUGGGGUAUUCGGGGAUUGGGGAGAUUGGGGAAGGGGGGAGGGUAGCUCCGGUAACCUCACUCACACGACGAAACACAACGCAAGCGUUGCUUGACGUCGCUUUUCUGUGAGGCCGUGGUAUCACUCCGGUCGAGCCGGCCCAUUCGUGUCGAAACAUGGCUCUCCCACAUUUAAAUAUAUACACAAUAUAUU